AAUUGAAAAUUAUGCAAAAUAAACUAAUAAAUCGUCAACCUUUAAGGUCAAAUUAUGCAACCGAAUCAAAAAUACUGGACUUCAUCAAUAUGUAUCAAGUGACAUCGUGGUUGCAUCACCAAUUUCCUAACAACGUCAGUUCGAGUUCUGGUCGUCAUAGGUACCGGUGCCUCUAGGGCCAAUUUUACGCAACAUGCACCGCAUUAUGGCCCUUAAACGUAUAAAUGUCAACGCUAAACGUUUAGGAGCAUCACAAGUUUACCGAAACCAGCAGACAUUCAACCAGAAUCGGUGAAAAUGAAGUCUUUCGUUUGCGUUCUCUUCGUUGUGGCAACGGCAUGCGCAGCUCCGUCAGAGACCAGGGAUAAGCGUGGCAUCUUCGGCGAGCCCGGCGGCCUCCUGACUCCUCAUCUCCAUCACGACUUACAUCACGACCUGCACCACAACUUCCACCACGACCUGCACCACGAUUUCCACCACGACCUGCACCACGAUUUUCAUCAUGACUUACACCACCACGACCUACACCACCACGGGCACUUGCACGCUCCCAUCAUUCACGACCACUUCGACCAUGCUCACAUCCACACCCCAAUCAUACACGAGCCCCUGCUUCCUAGCACCACCAUCAUUAAGUCUUCAAGGCUGAUCCACCCAGUGAAGCAUAUAAUCAAACACUAUAAUUACGGUGGAUGGUAGUAACGACCUUGUAAACAUCUUCUAUACCAAAUUCUAUUAAACAGUUCGGUUUUUUAUAA